CGGAUGUGCCCCAAAGAUCCCCUUCCCUUCUCUCUCCCCUCCACUGCCUCCGCCUGCCCAGAGCUGACUUUUGCUCCGCCCACCCCCCUCUCUCUCUACCACGCUUGUUUGCCUUCGCUUUGCCCCCCCACAGCCUCAUGUUCUUCCUCUCCUUCGUGUAGCUUCCAUCCCACUCCCACCGCCGCCCUCCCGCUCGAGCCGAAUCCCCCCACUAGCGCUCCCCAAUUGGGGCCCAGGCCCCCUCCCGCCGGCUUAAAAAUCCGGUUUUGGGGAGGCUUGCUGCCGCAGAUCGGGGAGACGCUCCCGGUUCAUUCGGUCGGCCGGUGUCCCCGUCCCCCGUCGUUCCUCGGUGCUGUCUUCUUCCCGGGGCGGUGCUUGGAUGAGCUGCUUCGUGUGCUUCGGAUCGGCCCACGAUGGGGAGGCCAAGAAGCCCGCCGCCGCCGACGCCAAGGACCCGCGCAAGGACGGGCCGCCGGAUCGCGGGGUGGCCAGGGUCGGAUCAGAUAAAUCUAGAUCACAGGGUGGAUCAGACUCUAAGAAGGACAUAAUUAUCCAUAGAGACGGGAACAGUCAAAAUAUUGCAGCACAGACUUUCACUUUUCGCGAACUUGCUGCUGCCACGAAGAACUUCAGGCAAGAUUGCUUAUUGGGGGAGGGAGGUUUUGGCCGUGUAUAUAAAGGACGUUUGGAGAAUGGGCAGGCUGUUGCUGUGAAGCAACUUGAUCGUAAUGGUCUCCAAGGAAAUAGGGAAUUUCUGGUUGAGGUUCUCAUGCUCAGUCUCUUACAUCACACUAACCUGGUCAAUCUAAUUGGCUACUGUGCUGACGGUGACCAACGCCUUCUUGUUUACGAGUUUAUGCCAUUGGGGUCACUAGAAGAUCAUCUGCAUGAUCUGCCACCAGAUAAAGAAGCUCUUGAUUGGAACACACGGAUGAAGAUAGCCGCAGGUGCUGCCAAGGGCUUAGAGUACCUUCACGACAAGGCAAGCCCUCCUGUUAUUUACAGGGAUUUCAAGUCGUCAAACAUUCUUCUUGGAGAAGGAUUUCACCCAAAGCUAUCGGACUUUGGCCUUGCAAAACUAGGUCCAGUUGGUGACAAGACACAUGUUUCAACACGUGUGAUGGGUACAUAUGGCUACUGUGCCCCAGAAUAUGCAAUGACUGGGCAGCUCACAGUUAAGUCCGAUGUUUAUAGCUUUGGUGUUGUGUUCCUUGAACUCAUCACAGGGCGCAAAGCAAUUGACAAUACCAGGCCCCAGGGGGAGCAAAACCUAGUGGCAUGGGCUCGUCCACUGUUUAAGGACCGCAGGAAGUUCCCUAAAAUGGCUGAUCCGAUGCUUCAGGACCGCUUCCCCAUGAGGGGUCUAUAUCAGGCAUUAGCUGUUGCUGCCAUGUGUUUGCAAGAGCAAGCUACCACACGCCCUCAUAUAGGGGAUGUCGUCACUGCCCUCUCAUAUCUUGCUUCUCAGGCAUAUGACCCAAAUGCCCCUGUUCAACACAGUCGGAGCAAUUCAUCUACCCCCAGGGCCAGAAAUCCUGCUGGGUGGAACGAUGACCAACGCAACAUGCGCUCCCCAAACCACCACUCUCCAGACCUGCGGAGGAGAGAAGCUGCCAGGGCAUCAAAGUAUGGAGCAGAGGUUAGCAGGACUAGCUCUACUGGUGAUUCCGGUCGGCGAUCAGGAUUGGAUGACUUGGACGUGACAGGGUCACAAGUGGGUAGCCCAGCUCAAACUGGAAGGAGAAGAGAAACUCCUUUUUUUAGAUAAUGAUGAGAAGAGAAACUCCUAGGGCCGCUGACAGGCAGCGCGCUAUCGCGGAGGCCAAAAUGUGGGGGGAAUAUUCAAGAGAGCGAUCAAAUGGUCAUGGCAGCUUUGACAGCACAAAUGAGUAAAACCGGCAGGUUUUGUUUCAGGCAUCACUUCAGCAGAGGGGUGAGUUGAGCACUCAUCAGCACCAAAAGGGAUCCCAUCUCGGUCCCGGAUACAUUGUCAUCGAUCCCAUUGUCUGUGAAUAAGGCUUUUCUUGCUCUUUAACGCAUCCUCCUGGCGUCCAUUCCUUGCGAAUGUGAUCGUGUUACAUGCUUCGGUGGAGCUGAGGAGCCUGUAGGAUUCAGUUGGGGAAGGUAGAUUUGAGAAGAGGGGGUGCACAGAGUCGCAUUGGACAAGUGCGUUUUUUUACGGUUAUAUCAUAUAUAUGCACGCAUGCUCAAUUUCGUCUAUGUUGUGAAUGUAUAACUCGGUGUCAGGUUUCGCUGCCUGAGAGGCCGUGAAGCUUGUUUGUGAAAUCCUGUUUGGAUAUUUAGGACAGGCUACGGUGUUUAGUACAGCUGUUUUUUUUUUUCUUGGAGGUUCUCCUGUCUUGUUGAGUUACAGAACACCUGCAAAUCUGUCUGAGCAUGCUGUACUGAAGUUGCAACAUGUGCAGACGACUAUUUGAGCACGAUGAGCAACCGGGGACGGCGGCAGAUUGACAUUGGCUAGUCCCGGAUGGCGGAUGCUCCGAGGGCAGCAAACCGUUCCGAAGUUCGGCGGCCGGUGUUGCCAGGACAGCUUGAUCAGUCCGUCCUGAAGGAGAUCAUCAUCAUCAUCAUCAUCAUAAGAACGAAAUCCAGCAGGGAUCUGCUUUUGAAGCUACUACCUUUGGACGGCUCACCUGAUGACCGGAUACAAUGCUGGCUUUCGCUCAUUGCGGAAAAUUCCCCUACACUCUCCGCCUCCCAGAUCAGAGAUCACCUCAGAAGCUGGGCUUUCAGAGCUGGGGCACGCGUUUGAAGAGUAGGAGGAACUCAGAAGAGGAACGUUUCAGAUUUCCUCUCCGCGAACCGCGGGGAAGAACGAGAACAGUAGCCCAUGGCUGGCGUCUUUCUUCCCACCUGCCGCAGGCAGCAGCCGUUGACCACCAUCUGAACGGCCGCGAAGAAGACGAAGAGAGGCCCCACGGCGGCGACUAGGCGGAUCGGAUCGCCGCCGAGAUUUGUUUGACUCACUGCUACGUGGCCCCACCCACGCGUCCGUUUUGUUCGACUGGCCUACCUACCCGCCGCGGCGACUGGCGGCGCGGGGCCCAGCGGGUACAGGACCCACCGUCGGUGGCAGACAAGGGGCUGCGAGUUUGCGAGGGUGGGUGGAUGGAAUAUUUGCAGGCUGCUCCGUUUGGCCCACCCCAGCCGCCGGGGUAGGUGAGCCGUGAGCCCGAGCACUCGCCAACACGCAGGCGGGCGCUGCAGAUCAAAAGGAGGCCCGAACUCCAAAGUCCAUCGUGCCAUCUUCCUCCUGCCCCCGCCCCGAUUCAGCACCGCACUGCAGAGAGGCUCUCCGCCGGUCGAGCGCGCCUCGAUCCAGAUCCAGGUAGGAGAUGGCUCUCACGAGAAUUGGUCUCGCUGGCCUCGCGGUCAUGGGGCAGAACCUUGCCCUCAAUAUUGCGGAGAAAGGGUUCCCCAUCUCUGUCUACAACAGGACAACCUCCAAGGUUGAUGAGACAGUGCAGCGCGCCAAGCUGGAAGGAAACCUCCCUGUGUAUGGUUUCCAUGACCCUGCAUCCUUCGUGAGCUCCAUUCAGAAGCCUCGUGUCGUCAUCAUGCUUGUCAAGGCUGGGGCGCCGGUCGACCAGACCAUUGCCACCCUUGCGGCACACCUGGAGCAGGGCGAUUGUAUCAUUGAUGGAGGAAAUGAGUGGUAUGAGAACACGGAGAGGAGGGAGAAGGCAAUGGAGGAGCGUGGACUCCUAUACCUUGGCAUGGGUGUCUCCGGAGGAGAGGAGGGUGCCCGCAAUGGCCCGUCAUUGAUGCCUGGAGGCUCUCUUGAGGCGUACAAGUACAUCGAAGAUAUUCUUCUGAAGGUGGCUGCCCAGGUCCCGGACAGCGGCCCAUGUGUCACAUAUAUUGGCAAAGGUGGAUCAGGCAACUUUGUCAAGAUGGUUCACAAUGGAAUUGAAUACGGUGACAUGCAACUGAUUGCUGAGGCAUAUGACGUUCUCAAGUCCGUGGGUAAGCUCACAAACAGUGAACUGCAGCAGGUGUUCUCUGAAUGGAACAAGGGUGAGCUCCUCAGUUUCUUGAUUGAGAUCACCGCAGAUAUUUUUGGUAUCAAGGAUGAGCAGGGUGAAGGCUACCUGGUUGACAAGGUCCUGGACAAGACCGGGAUGAAAGGAACUGGGAAAUGGACGGUCCAGCAGGCUGCUGAACUCUCUGUGGCUGCUCCUACAAUUGAGGCAUCCUUGGACUCCAGGUUCCUCAGCGGUCUGAAGGACGAGCGGGUCGAGGCUUCCAAAAUCUUCCAAGGUGACUACUCCACUGGCCUACCAGUGGACAAGGCACAGCUGAUUGAAGAUGUGAGGCAAGCUCUAUACGCCUCCAAGAUCUGCAGUUACGCACAGGGCAUGAACAUCAUCAAGGCCAAGAGCUCAGAGAAAGGAUGGGGACUCAACCUUGGUGAGCUAGCGAGGAUCUGGAAGGGAGGGUGCAUCAUCCGUGCCAUCUUCCUCGACCGCAUCAAGAAGGCCUAUGAUAGGAACCCCAACCUUGCCAACCUCCUUGUGGACCCUGAGUUCGCCCAGGAGAUCAUGGACAGGCAAGCUGCCUGGCGCAGGGUCGUCUGCCUAGCCAUCAACAAUGGCGUUAGCACCCCGGGCAUGUCUGCGAGUCUGGCCUACUUCGACUCCUACCGCAGGGACAGGCUGCCCGCCAACCUGGUCCAGGCACAGAGGGACUACUUCGGGGCUCACACCUACGAGAGGGUCGACAUGCCUGGUUCUUUCCACACCGAGUGGUUCAAGAUUGCGCGCAACUCCAAGAUCUGAACUGCUGCUGCACAAACGGCAUGCCAAAACACGAUAAGACUGCCGGAUGUUGAGUAAUCAGUCAUAUAUCGCUUGCAGGGGAGGAACCGUGGUUGAAUUUUAUUUUCCAUGCACAUUGCUUAAGUUGGGUCAGAAGUUCAGAGUUCCCUCUUGUAAGCACUAAGCAGUCCCGGAUGGAGAACAUUUAAAUUUGCUGGAACUUUGCAAUCUGUGUUUGUAAUUUUUAUUACAUGAAUAAAAGCAUUUUGGCAUGCUUGUUUCUAGUUCU